CUUCCUUUCUUCAAACCCAGCCUAACCCUCUCGAAUCCUCAACUCGCGUCAUCGUUUGGAGACGGAGAGCUGAUCGAUCGCGGCUGCAUUUCUCUUUGCAAAACAAAACCAUGGAGGCUCUCCGCAAAACCUCUUUCCUCUUGGGAGUUCUCCUCCUCCUCUCUGUGGCGGCGACAUUGGCGGAUGCAAAAGUUCACUUCCAUGAUUUUGUCGUCCAAGCAGCCAAAGUGAAGAGGCUGUGCAAGACCCACAACACCAUCACGGUGAACGGGCAAUACCCGGGUCCAACUUUGGAAGUUAACGAUGGCGACACCCUCGUCGUCAAUGUCGUCAACAGAGCUCGCUACAACGUCACCAUCCACUGGCAUGGGAUUCGGCAGCUCAGAACUGGUUGGGCCGACGGGCCGGAAUUCGUGACUCAAUGCCCGAUCGGGCCCGGUGGGAGUUACACGUAUCGUUUCACCAUCCAAGGACAAGAAGGGACAUUGUGGUGGCACGCGCAUAGCUCCUGGCUAAGAGCGACCGUGUACGGUGCUCUAAUCAUUCAUCCGAAGGAAGGCGCCUCGUAUCCGUUUGCCAAGCCGAAGCGUGAAACUCCCAUCCUUCUUGGGGAGUGGUGGGACGCGAACCCUAUCGACGUCGUGAGAGAAGCAACCAGAACCGGCGCGGCUCCGAAUGUGUCCGAUGCUUAUACCAUCAACGGUCAACCUGGAGAUCUCUACAACUGUUCAAGCAAAGACACUGUCAUAGUUCCGAUCGAUUCCGGGGAGACCCAUCUCCUCCGAGUCAUCAACGCUGCGCUCAAUCAGGAACUCUUCUUCACCGUAGCAAACCAUAGGUUCACUGUGGUCGGCGCCGAUGCCUCCUACCUCAAACCCUUCACCACCUCGGUGAUCAUGCUAGGGCCAGGCCAAACGACGGAUGUUUUGAUCUCUGGAGACCAGCUCCCGGCUCGGUACUACAUGGCCGCCCGAGCCUACCAGAGCGCUCAGGGAGCUCCUUUCGACAACACCACGACCACGGCCAUACUAGAGUACAAGUCUGCCCCGUGCCCUGCCAAGGGCAUAUCGAGCAACCCGGUCAUGCCGGCCCUACCAGCUUUCAAUGACACGGCCACCGUCACAGCCUUCACUCGGAGCUUCAGGAGCCUCAAAAAGGUUGAGGUCCCGACCGUCGUCGAUGAAAGCCUCUUUUUCACGGUCGGCCUAGGACUCUUCAGCUGCCCGAAGAAUUUCCAUCCCAGUAGGUGCCAGGGGCCGAAUGGGACCCGUUUCACGGCCAGCAUGAACAACUUCUCCUUCGUGCUCCCGUCUACUUUCUCGAUCCUGCAAGCCCACAAGCAGGGCGUGCCUGGAGUUUUCACCACCGACUUCCCAGCUAACCCGCCUGUCCAGUUUGAUUACACGGGGAACGUGAGCCGCUCGCUGUGGCAGCCCGUUCCGGCGACUAAGGUGUACAAGUUGAAGUUCGGGUCUAGAGUACAGCUUGUCUUGCAAGGAACCAACAUACAAACGGCCGAGAACCACCCGAUCCACAUUCACGGGUACGAUUUCUACAUCCUCGCCACAGGUUUCGGGAACUUCAACUCCCGGACCGAUACAGCGAAGUUCAACCUCAUCGACCCGCCGAUGAGGAACACAAUCGGCGUCCCCGUGAACGGGUGGGCCGUCAUUCGAUUCGUCGCCGACAAUCCAGGUGCUUGGUUGAUGCACUGUCACUUGGACGUUCACAUCACCUGGGGAUUGGCCAUGGUCUUCCUCGUCGAGAAUGGAGUUGGCGAGCUGCAAUCUCUACAGCCUCCCCCUGCAGAUUUGCCUCCGUGUUAAAAGAUCUGCGGCCGACAGAUAGUCCUCGAGGAGAAAUUCAUAAAACCCGCAACACGGGCCUAUUCUACUCCUUUUUUUUUUCGCUUUCCUUUCAGUUUUCGUUUCACAGAGUUUCAGUUCAAGUGAUUGUUGCCCCUGAAUUCAGGGGGCCUCCAGUAUUUUGCUUUUCUCAUAGUUUUUUUUAUAGAUAAAAAGGGUCGUGCAUACGUAAAGCCUGGUACCAUCAGAUACAGUUUCGAGUAUAAACUCAGACAUAGUUCUUCAA